AUGGUGUCUGCAAAGCAACAACUGGAUCCGCGUGCUGCGGCCGUGCUGAAGUUCUGGCUCGGCGACCAAGCGGUUGACGGCGACAACGUCAGCGCUGCGGCCCUCGCCCAGUGGCCCGCGGAACGCGAGAAGCUGUGGUGGCGGGGCGGCCCAGAUCUGGACGCUGAGAUCAAGGCCAAGUUUGGGCGCGACCUGGAAGCCGUGGCGGCGGGCGAGCUGGACGGCUGGGAGGACCCUACCGGCACCAACCCCUUGAACACGCUGGCGGGGGUCAUUUUGAUGGACCAGUUCAGCAGGAACGUCUACCGUGGCACCCCUGGUGCAUUUGCGCUCGACCCCAAGGCGCUCUCCUGGGCGCAGCGGCUGGCAGCCCUGGAGGAGGCCCGCGCGUGGCCCCACAGCUUCAGGAUUUGGAUAUUCAUGCCAUUCGAGCACAGCGAGAGCCUCGAGAUGCAGGAGCGCUGCAUCGCCCUGUUUGAGGAGGAGGUCGCGCGCGCAGAGGGCGGCGACGGGCCCCCAGAGGCGGCCGGCGCGGCGAGAAGCGUCCUGGGCUAUGCGCACGCCCACCUGGCGGUCAUCAAGGCGUGGGGCCGCUUCCCGCACCGCAACGCCAUCCUUGGGAGGGAAAGCACGCCGGAGGAGAUCGCGGGGAUGGCGGACGGCAGCAUCCGCAAGUUCUAG